AUGCCUACACCAAUUCUCCAAUCUGCAGCCACUCAAGAGAAGGUAAGAUGUUCGAUUUUAUGAUUGUAACUAUUCACAGUGUGCAUUUGUCAAUAUAAUCCAUUCACUGUGUGCAUUGGUCAAUAAUGUAGUUUGUUACGGCCCAGUGACAACAUAACAUGAACUUCAAGGAGUUUAAUUGCAUAAUACUGGUGGAUACAUCCCAUUACAAUAGUUAGUGAGAUAUACAAACAAAUGCGUUGUUCAUAAAGUCGGUCACAGACCUGUUCAGUUCAAAACAGAACAAUAAAAAUAUGAAUGUAGCCUAUCCAAAUUAUAUUCAAACAAUAAUGCAACUGUAUUUUCGAUCCAAUGGCCACCAUAGGCCCAUUGAUUGAAACAUUUGACAGUCUGUUGUAUGUAGAUUUUUUUCCACAGCUAUUUGGAGUGGUCGCUUUGUCCAUUUUUAAUGGAGUCGUUGAAUAAUUAGAAGUGCCUGGACCCUAAUGUCACGACGUGGAUGGACCUGCUCCAACAGAAUGGCUAUCACACCCAGAGUGUGAUAUCUUUUGGUAUUUGUUUCAUCAGUCCAUUGUUUUCCUUGUCAGCAAUCGAGUUUUCAAGAUAUGUAACUUUCAAAAUACAAGAAAUCAUGCAAAAUGACUCAUACGGAGAUGAUUUCUGUAUUUUGAAAGUUACAUAUCUUGAAAACUCAAUUGCCGACAAGCAAAACAUUUUUGUUUAACUGGUGAAAUAAAGCUUUAAAAUGUUUUAUUUCUGACUCAUUUUAUUUAGGUCUAUGGUUUUUCCUCGUCAUGUGUCUCGGUUGGUGAUGUCACGUGUUUCUACUCCAGUAAUCGCAUGGAGGCAUGGACGUGAGAUGUGCCCUUCCUUCUGCGGCAGGAGGGCCGGUCUGUGACAGACCUGGUUGGGGAUGCUUCCACAACAAGGAUCAUGACCAAGGACUGUGUCACAAGCUGGGCUUGAACUCAGGUCUCAGAUGUGGAGAGUUGGGUGUUCUACCCCUAAGCCACAGAGGAGGUAUAGUAGGACCCAAACGAAACACUCAAGGCAAUACUCCAGGCAAAGUAGAUUUAAUAAAAAAAAAGGUAUUUCCUUGCACUUCAAAAAUAAUCCAACAAAAGUUCUUCUCAGAAAGAGGUAUACUAACAGAGGUACAGUAAACAAAACAGGAGGACAAAACAAAAUAACUCCACGAGGGGAGAAAAACAAAAUAAAGAUAACUUAGAAAAGCUUACUCGGAAAGACUCUGUGGGACACAACAGGAGACACAUAGCCAGGACUCAAAGACCAAGUGAGGAACAAGGGGAAAAAACACAGCUAAAAUACUCUAGGGGAAACAAGGCACAGGUGACCUGGAUAAAGCUAAUAAGGACACACGAGGAAGAACUAAGGCAGAGGGGAACACAGAUGACCUCUAGAGGCCCGGAGACAAACAGGAGGCAGGAAGCUGACAGACUGAAGAACCACAAACAUUGCCACCCAGUGCUGCAUCUCUCUCCCAGCCUUUGAUCAUGUACCUGGGCCUUAUCCUGCCACAUCCCUACCACUGGAGGCUGCAUGUGUUUGAUGAGUUCAAUACCAUUCCGUUGAUUCCGUUCCAACCAUUACUAUGAGCCCGUCCUCCCAAUGAAGGUGCCACCAACCUCCUGUGAUUCCCUAUGUCACAGACUCCCUCGGGCCUAUACGAGGUUCACCUUCCGCACCUCCUUUACUGGCUCAAAAAAGGCACGUCCUCUUCAUGCCAUUCCAGAAUUACCACUAGUUCCUGUUAACAACUUUAAGGGAGAGGGUGAGAAACAAAUAAUUCUAAGUCCCAUAGAAGUAGGAUUAUUGUGUUAUGUUAGCUGUCCAGUCUAUGCUAACUGUGCUAACCAUAUAGCGAUCUCCAGAAGCCUUAAACGUUUCUCCAGAUAGUCAAACCCUGUUGUUUGAUUCCCACCUGCAGUUUGUGCUUAGGUUUCAUUCCACAGCAUGUGGAAUAAGUAGCUCCUUUCCCCACACAGGUGAUGCCUGAACUCAUCUCUGUUCCAAAAUGGCUGCUAUUGUCUGACAUGCACUCUGUGGACUACUACUCCACCUCCACCAAGAACUGCAGUGGGAACUUCAAGGAGGAGGUCAGAAACAUACCGGCCUUCCACUACGCCAUGUGUGCCAAAAAAUAUGCCAUGCUGGGUUAGUGUGGUAACUUGUUUGUGUGCCUGUCAUUUGGAGGUUUCAAAAUGUGGUCAUCAGCAAUGAAAAGUUAAUUGGAAACAGUUUAGAAGCUAAAUGUGUUACACUGGUUUAUUGUAGAUGUAUUGGUGGUGGUGGUGGUAGUAGUAGUAUAUUUAACCACGUGCCAACCAGGCAGCCACCAACCAUAGGAUGUUCUGUAAUUAGGCCUACAACAUUCUUGCAAAAGACCUUAAAGGGAUAGUUUGGGAUUUUGGCAAUGAAGCCCUUUAUCUACUUCCACAGAGUCAGAUGAACUCGUAGACAUAACUUUUAUGUCUGUGAUCAGUUUGAAGUAAGAGGUAGUCUAAAAAAAGAAUGGUAUCCACAAGUUCAUCUAAUUCUAGGGAAGUAGAUAAAUGGCUUCGAUGCCAAAAUCCCACACUAUACCAUUAAGUACAAAUGUAUUUUGGAUGUUGAAUAAGUAGAUCCUGACAUUACGCAGGCUUACUACAUCCUGAAUUUAAGCCCAGCAGACACUCAUUUUCUGUCUGCUCUUCUCUCUCCGGUCCUUCUAGGCCAGGUGAUCUCAGCUCUGUGGGAAAUGGACCUUCUGGACAGCACAGUGCUGCUCUUCAAGUCUGACCACGGCCACCUGGCCAUGGAGCACCGGCAGUUCUUCAAGAUGUCCAUGUUUGAAGGCAGAUCCCAUGUUCCUUUGCUCAUCAUGGGGCCCAGGGUGAAGUCUGACCUGCAACUGAGUCAGUCAGUGUCCUUGGUGGAUAUCUAUCCCACUGUGCUGGGUACGGACAGGAGGAUCUCA